UGGAAAUCUAAUCGCAGGAAUAGGACGCGUAUGCAUCUUCGUUGUAGAGGAUCAUACAAGUUGUCUUGGAAUGCAUAAUUUCUAUACGAAACUCUAAUUUACGCCUGUCUCGACCUGUUCGCGACCAAGCGGAACGCUGGAGUGCAACGCCGGAAAAUGCCGGUAUCGGCCGAUGACCUCAGGCCCACUGAGGCCUGGUUGGGACCUUACCACAAACAUUCAACUCCGUCCACUUCGCAUCUUGACCUCCCAACCAAGCCCACCCCAUUGAGGGCGAGCACCCCAGAAGCUCUUGUGACUUUUAUGCUCCCACCAUGAAUCGCGCUGCAAGGAUAUACAUUCUUCUGGUCAUCGAUUCACUGUUCUUCUUCGUGGAGCUCAUUGUCGGGUAUGCCGUGGGUUCAUUGGCCCUUGUGGCAGACAGUUUCCACAUGUUGAACGACGUCAUGAGCUUAGCUGUUGCUCUGUAUGCCAUCAAGCUUUCUAGUCAAACUCAUAUCGACUCUCGCUAUUCAUAUGGCUGGCAUCGCGCAGAAAUCCUUGCGGCUCUCGUCAAUGGUGUAUUCCUACUCGCCCUGUGUUUCUCGAUAUCCUUAGAAGCAAUUGAACGUUUCUUCAGUGUCCCGGAGAUAUCACAGCCUCGUCUUGUGGUCCUAGUUGGGACACUCGGUCUGGCCUCCAAUAUAGUCGGCCUCUUCUUGUUCCAUGAACAUGGUCAUGUGGCAGAGAUUCCGAUAGUCCCUAUUGCAACUUCUAGUCCUCCUAGUAUCAGAAGCGGCCAGGAAGUUGAACGUGUAUCGAGAGACUCUUCACCAAAAAGGAUCCGAGCCUCGCGUGAACGUUCAGAGUCAUAUUCAUCAAUGUACGGUCAUCCAGCUGCAACAAGGGCUUCCAUGGUUCAAGCCGCACAAGAAAUGGCUCAAGCGAGGUCACCAUCCCCAGUUACCCAUAUGAAGAAACCUCGUCAUAGUCGUUCUCAUUCCCGACACACGACACAAAUCGAAGAGGAAACGCCCACUUCUGGAAGUGAAUCCCCUACUCCCACAGCGACGAGGACGCCUGCCGAUGAAGAGCCCCCUACAGAUGAAUUAAUGCCAUUAUUACCACCGGACUCCAGGUCUGAGUCGUCGUCUUCUCAUUCAAGCCACGAGGUUAAUGGCCACGCUCAUGGUGGCCCGGGACAUUCUCACGGCUCAAUGAAUAUGCGUGCCCUUCUGUUGCAUGUCUUUGGCGAUGCAUUGGGCAACGUUGGCGUUAUUGCGACAGGUCUGGUCAUCUGGCUCACCUCCUGGAGUUGGAAGUAUUAUUUCGACCCGAUGAUCAGUCUAGUCAUCACUGCGAUUAUCUUUUCAUCUGCUUUGCCUCUUGUCCGCAGCACUUCAUUUAUCUUAUUGCAGGGUGUUCCCUCUACCGUUUCUCUAGACGAAGUCCGCGCCGCCAUUUUGGCCGUAGACGGUGUUCUGUCGUUGCACGAGCUACAUAUCUGGCAGCUCUCGGAGAACAAGAUCGUCGCUUCCGUGCACGUUACAGCCUCUAGAAGCCAUGAUUUCAUGCCUGUGGCUGCAGCUAUCCGAAAAGCCCUACAUCAACAUGGAAUUCAUUCAAGCACUAUCCAGCCCGAAUACCAUCAUCCAAGGCACUCUCCGCCGGAAGAACAUCUGAAGACUUCUGAGGAGACGUCCUGCUUGAUUCCGUGUCCUCCGGAUCAAUAUUGUAACCCCUCUGAAAAUGCUUGCUGCCCCCGCCCUCCUGCCGAAGUUUAACUUCAUGUCUUUCCUUGCUAUUGACUAUUUGUUUCAUCUUUGUAGUAACCAUACUUUGUCAUCUAAACCCCCCCGUACACUACCCCGAUUAGUAUAACCAUGGAUAUCUAUCUAUACCUCUGCCAUAAAACUAGGAAAAUUGCUAACAAACGGUUGCGAUGAAGCCAGACGUCGAGCAAUUGCACCACUCAUAGGGCUCUUGCCUGCCUUUCUCCGUAAGUCACCACCCAACCUCCGAGCCAGAAUCGUUGUAGACUGUCCAAGAACAAAACGCUGCUCACUACAUACAGAGACGAGUGCCCAUUCAGUGUGCAGUGCAGCUGUUAGUGCGGAUGAGAUGAUUGCAACUAAAAGGUCGGUGGCGAUAGCUUGUUCUGUUGGUGAAACUUUGUCAAUUGAGGUGAUAAGCGUUGGAAGGGUGACGUGGAGGAAGAUUGGCAGUAAGGGCGGCGAGGAUGAAGGUCGGGGUGUUGCAAGAAUAUGGGUUGCGAUCCGCCGAGGAGUUUCGAUUUGCCUUAUGGCGGCUAGUUCUGAGUACAGUGCUGGCAAGAAUUGUGUGGGUGGCAUUAGGAGAAGACAACGUUCGACAUCAAUGAUCGGAGCUUUUCCAGUAGCUGCGUCUGUCAGGGCAUGUUGUAUAAGCUCGCGGGCACUGUUGUGACCUUUUGAGUGCCCUGAAGUUAAAGAUAGAUUGGUAUUCGUGGUACCUGAGAUAUCCGUUGUUAGCUUGCUGCAAAACAGUUAUGCCAAAUUUUCCUUACUUUCGUCGGAGACCCCAAGUGUUUGAAGAGCGACUCGACGGAUAGAGGUUGGAUCAAAAGUGUCAGUUUGAGACAAUUGUAUUGGUGUUGACUGUGUGAAUAAUCGGAGAAUGGCACCAGCGGAGAGGUGAAGGACUAUUUUCGGAAACGGUUGAAACGUGACCAGUUGUUGCAAGACGUCCAGAUGGAGAGGUGCUAUGAAUCUGUACAUAGCUAUUAGCACACAUAUGCGACCCUGAUCACAUGUCUCUAACACGCACCUGCGAUGUUGUAUCUCUAGCAAUAGCAUCUUCACGAUCC